AAACAAUCGACAAAAUGGGCGCCGGCAAAGUCAAUUGGGACUCUCAGGAGACUUGGCAGCGUGUCGUUGCUGCGAUCAUCGCUACCGGAGUCAAGGUCGAUCUCAAGCAGACUGCUCUGUACUUCGGUACCACCUACGACACCCUCGAGAACCGCUUCCGAAAGAUCAAGAAGGAGAGCGAGGUCCUCAAGAAUGAAGUCAGCAACGGAGAACGCAGUCAGAUUAGUACUCCAUCGCGGAGCACUCCCAAGAAGCCUUCUCCCAAGAAGGAUGCCUUGGCCAAUGUCACGAAUGGCCGUGUGACCAAGUCCACUCCGAAAAAGAAGUCCUCCAUCAAGCAGGAGUCCUUCAACGAUUCAACCAGCUUCGAUAUUGGUGACGAUUUCUCAUUCACCAAUAGCAGCUUCAGCUUGGGUCAUGGUAUCAACGGGGAGGAUGACGAUGGGUUAGACCUCUUGGUCUGAGCAUGUCCGUCACAUUGGUACUACUCCGGAGUUUUGCAGCUGCCAUGAUAUAGGGUCUGGAUGACAGGACAAAGUACUGGGGCUGCAUGAAAGAAAGGAUACGGAGUUCAUAGUAGAGUAGAGACUACGAAGCAGUAGUAUAGGAAUUCUACAGGUGAACUCAAACAGUGUCCUGCUCUGUCUCUCUCUUCCG